AACAAUUUGAAGAUGAAGUGGCUGGAGUCGCAGUGGUCAGAUGAAACCUGGACGAACACGGACACCGACGGCACGUCUGCCGUCUGCUUUGCGAUGGCCGUCAGAUGCGGGUACUUGAAACAGGUGCAAAGUAUGUUGGAGGAGCGGCCCGGUCUCAUUAACAUUGUCAACUCUAAUAAUGGAUAUACUCCGCUAGCUACUGCUGUCAGACAAGGAGAUAUAAACACGAUCCGCCUGCUUCUAUUGUCUGGUGCUGAUCUAGAGCAACCCUCGGCCGCAGGUCUGACCCCUCUCCACCUCGCUGUGCUCGCGGGGAACGUAGAGCUCACUGAACUGCUUAUUGAUAGAGGGGCUGAUUUUCAUGCUCGAGACUGGAAUGGGAGGCGCAUAGAACACUACGCAGUCGACUCGUGUGAUCUGGGUAUGAUCAGAUAUGUCUUCGACAAAGGAGGUGAUGUCUCCGUUGAGGACAACAAUGGCUGGACCCCGCUUUUUAGAGCGUUAUGUCAAGGAGCCAAAUCUAGCGUCAUCGAAGAACUGGUGGCGCGCGGCAGUGAUGUUAAUCUGAAGGACAGAGCCGGACUACCUCUCGCCUCCGUCGCUAAAAUACUCAAGAACAGAUAUGGUCAAAAUCGAGAUUCCAUCUUGCGUCUCGUAGAUUGCAACUAUCCUCACGAGAAGGCGCAGGCGAACUUCACUAGACUCACAAAAAAAGUUUACAGCAUCCACUCGAUGCUCAAGUUGCUUUGAACAAAGUUUCACAGGAAAGUUACUAAAAGGUGAAAGUGUGGAGUUUCUGAAGAAUCUUGACUUGAGUCAACUUUUACAUUCCAUAAUCUCAUUACAUAAGCGAUAAUUCCAUCGUAAUUCAAGGGGGACAGCUGAAGUUUACGAAGUAGCAAUAUAGACCUCUACUGUGAACAUGGACAAUUGAAACAACCCAGAAAAAGAGCUGACUACCUCUAAGCCUAUGUAUGUAUAUACUAAAGUAAAUAUGCUUGUAUUAUAUGUGAUUAUCAGGGAUAAUUAAAAUGAAAAUACAAU